AUGAGUUUUUACAUGAAAUGUAUCACACCAAUUUGUGCACAGAAACUUGAUACUUUCAGGAUCCCUGAUGAUUUGUUUCAUUCUACUGAAGAAGUUCAAAAGGAAUUGGGAAAACUUUUCGAUGAAUAUGGUGACAGUUAUACUGAAGAUGCGUCUGAGGAAUCUUUGCAGAAAGUUUUCAAGAGCAUACCAAAGGAGGUGUGGAUGGAUGUUGACAUUUCAGCUCAAGCAAUUGCUGAGAUUGAGAAAAGUUUUCCCACAAUCAGCCCCUAUAGUUUGUUUAGAAAGUGCCGGGUUUAUAUUUAUGAAGAUGCAAAGCAAGAGUCCUCAAAAGAUGAUAAUUUAACUCAACUGAAGCUGAAAUUGUAUGGAGCUGAUCUAUGUAGCGAUCUCGAGUCAACAACUACACAUGUAGUGUUUUGUUCUAGCAAAUCAGCUGCCUUAGAAAAAUUGUCCAAGCAGUCUGCUGAACGAGCAACUGGCCGUUUUCAUAUAGUUUCUCAAAACUGGGUCACAGAUUGCAUUAAAGAGAAGAAAAUUGUUCUAGAACGAUCUUACAUUCCAAUUUUGGAAGAAAAUUUAUAGUUCUCAAUAUAAUACAUAGCUAUUUUUUGACUUAUAUGGAAUAAUUUGUUUGAGCUUCUGUAGCUUUGGUAUGCAUGAGGUGUACCAACCCAAAUGUGUACCAUGCUUGUAGUUUGAUUUUGUGAAAUUGGGGUUAAUGUUACAAAAAUACUUAGUUUUAUAAAAGUAUCAUUAAUAUUGAAUGAUGACUUUUUAACCAGCCAAUUUGGCAUCAACAAUUCCAAAAUUGUUUAUCCCAAAGUUAAUGAAAAUUGCGAAACAUGUUUUAAAGUUACAGGUUAACUUAGUGCAAGAAAUAUAGCUAUGCAAAAAGAAAACUAACUUUUUUCCUGAAUAGCUCUAUAUCUUGCAUUAAAGCAUAAACUUGCAACCUUAAACGGUUUCUAUGCAAGGUAAAUUUACUGUAAACAAUGUUGGAAUUAGAACAUAUGUGUGAACCAAAAAACAAAUCACAUUGAAAUAAAACUAUUGCUAAGUUGAUGCGAAAGCAUUAUUAAAAAAUACGUAAUUAAAAUGCUCUUGCAUUAAACCAGUGGUGGCCAGUCUCUUAUUAUGCUACUGUCACACCUCCAACUAAGAUAAAUCUUGUAGGCUGGACACAUAUAAGCAAAGUUUUAAAAUAUUUAGAACUUUUCCAGCCAAUAUGGAACAGAAAAUGAAAUUGCCGACCAACAAUUGCUGAUAGUGUAAAGAUUGCUGCCUAACCUUCACAAUGCUGCCAGUAACCUAACCUGGCAGCAUUGUGAAGAUUACUUGGAUUGUAAUCACAGCAUUACUACUCAGCCAGAUUAUAUUUUUCCCAACUAUUGUAGUGCUUUGGUUGAGUAGCCAAACACAAAGGACUCAGCCACUUAUGUCUCGACCAAGUACAGAGUAUCAGUCCUCUUAAAAAAAAAGAACCAUAGACAUACUUGUGAAGAACUUUACUUCUUUUGAAAUAUCAGUAUGGAUCUUGAGCAUAUAAGCCUUUAAAAAAUUAAAUUCAGCUAUUUCAUAACCUUUGACUCCUGCAUGCUCAGACAUCCUACAGAGCAGUUCAAACACAAAAGGCAGCACAUCAAGUUACCAUACAUUAGCCUGAGUGACAUUAGUGAGCCUGCCCGAUGGAUAAGAGUAUUUAACUCCAUCGCUGAGACAAAAAGCCACAGCCAGCACUCUCAUGUUAAUUUGAAACCAUACAUGAAUAUUAAAAGCUGAAUUUUAAAAUUCCAGAAGUGCAGAUACAGUAGAAUACCUUUAUAACACAGACCUAUAUAACGCAAUUCUCUAUAAAAGCACAAUUUUUCAGAAGUAAACAAUAGGUUUUGAAGUUUAAAAAAUCCCUCAGUUUUGCUUUGCAAACAUAAAAAUUGUUAGGCAAAUUAAAUUUUAGAACAGUUUUUCAUCUUUCCAUCUUAAUUUAAAGCUUUUAAAUGAAAAUUAGUAUUCAUAGUAAGCAAAAAAUACCAGAUGGCUCUUGAAGAUGCAGCUAUUAUGCAAACCAUGAAACUAGCAGAAGUGCAGGAUAUUUCACUUUCUUUUAAUUGUGAAACAUAUUUAUUUGUGAGUGACUAAUUAUAAUGUUAGUGCUUUAAUACUCAUUGCAGAUAAAACUCACUCUGAAGUGCUUUUUAAUAGAUAUAUAUUCUGAAUAUUAGUUUCAAAAUUUGUGAAAUGAUCUAUAUAAUGCAAAAGCCUGUAGCGCAAAAGCUCUGGUCCCAAGGUGUGUGUUAUAACGGUCUUCUACUGUAUAUACGUAAAAGUGUCUCAUUUGUUCAAAUUGAUUGAGCAUUAUUUAAUAAACGAUGAAAUGGGAAUCAAAAAUUCACUAAUAUUUUAUUUUUUAAUAAUGAAAAAAGCAUAUAAAGUAAAAUUUGCUGCUCUUAAAAAUCCACUUGUCUAUGUUUAGGUUUACUAUUCAACCUCAUUAAAAGUUUUGCAUUGUGUAUGUUUCUCAAAAAGUAUGACUUGAAAUAUUCCGAUUAAGUGAUUCUGUGAUAUACUUACAAAUUUUUUGUACUAUUUUUGUAUUGUAUUGUUUGCAUUAUUUAGUUCUGUAUUUGUCAUUAUUUUAAACUAUUCUGUACAUAUUUUAACAUUUGUUAAGUAGGUUAAAUUUAUUGUAAAAAGUAAUAAAAUGUUUGAUUUAAACUUUGAGUUGCAUUUCAGUUAAGUGUGUGAAAGUUCAUCCGUUUCAGACUUAGGACAAUAUUUGAAUUUCCGCAAAUUACGAUUCUUUAUUUAUGAAUCAAAUGGUUUCAUAAUUAAGGCUUAUAAAGCUUAUUUACGAACUUUUAGGUACAUUUUUACCAAAGAGCUCUCUAAAUAUGAAAUAUCACCCUGUAAUAACCAUUACACUCAUAAGAUA